GAAAUAUCACUUCAAGCUUGACAAUACAGUAUGGCGUGGGUUUCUGUGAGGAAGAAGUAACUACCGAACCUCAGCUCGCAGCCGCCAAAGGGAACCAUGUGUCAGAGCCAGUGGUUGCUGAGAGAUACCUGAAUCCUCUUGAUGACCAUAACUACAACCGUGAGAAAAAGAGUGGUGGUGUCAGGAAGUCUGAUCGAUCUGGACACCGACAGCAGUGGGAGCCUGCUGCUCAGCUGCCAACCAGGAGCAAACAGCACAGGUUCACUGCUGGACAGCUUCGUGAACUCCGUAGAGUUUUCGAAGAAACUCCUAACGCUGAUGCUUGCCAAAGGUGCCCAAUAGCCAUAGAAUCCUCCUGGAACUGUCCUGCAUCCACUCUGCGAUUCAGAUUUCCUUGGAAGGGAGCUGGCACGGUGCAUGAGAUUGCAAGAACAUGCUGUGAAGAACCUCGGAGUAAGCACUUACUGAGCUGACCAUAUCCACUUACUUCCCGACUACUGCAACGUGCAGAUAGUGAAAUACGGAGGUUGGCGUUCUGAAAAUUUCUCCAAAGGUUCACUCAGGGAUCAUGUGCUCAGUUUCGAUGGUGAGUGAGGUGGAGGUGAUACUUGAAGCGGACGAAGAGAAGGCAGAAGCCAAGAAUGGCCACUUUGAUAAAAGGGAUCCAGGAGGUGCAGACUUUAUGAAGGACCCGGGCAUGCCAAGUCUCAAGGAUGAUGAGAACCAAGUCCAGGACUACAACUACAUUGGUGGUAACAUCAAGGAUGAGCCAGAGCUGGAGAAGAAUGAGGCUGCCAGUGUCCCACAUCCCCAGCGCAGGCGGCCACGGAUCCAAUUUGGUCUGACACCCCGGCAGGUGAAGGAACUGGAAAUUGCUUUCGAAAAAAAUCCGUAUCCUAAUGCGAUCAAAAGGAAGGACCUAGCAAGGAGGUUGUUUCUGACAGAAUCCAGAGUGCAG